AGGCUGUAAAAAAGAAAAAAUUAGCAAUAAAAAGCUUUUUCUCCUCAGUUCAGCAUCAACAUAAUGAAAAUGAAGAACUAACAGAAAUUGAUAAAUAUCUUAUACUUUUUGAAAUUGAACCAACAAAAGAAAAUAGCCUGUUAACUUGGUGGAAGCAAAGAAGAUCAAACUUCUCAAUUCUUUGCAUAUUUGCAAAAAAAUACUUUGCAAUUCCUGCUUCUUUUGUUCCUUCAAAGCACUUGUUCUCAAAUGCUAGCAACUACAUAACUUCCAAACAAAACCAAUUAGACCCUUAUCUUUUGAAUCAAUUAUUAUUUUUAAAAUGA